AUGGAGCUACCAGUAAUGGGCGACAAUGACGGCUGGUUCGACAUCGGAGGUCAUCGCAUCCGAGACCCAGCAUCAUGUGCUUCCAUGACAGCUCCGACAACAACAGCUCCAGCCUCGCUCCUGAUGGCCUGCGGGAACCAUGCGCCAUGUUAUUCCCCAUCAUCAUCAAACGCCGAUCCGACACAAACAGACGCAUCAAACACCUUGACAAGCGAUCAAUGGAGGAUGACAAACAGGAUCGCCUCCCCCUACCAGGAAAGUUUCACAAUCACUCCAUCAAGCUCUUGGAGCACCUUAGCCACCAUCACGAGAUUCUCGCUCGUGGAGAUGUCGAGCUUGUUGAGCUCUUCCACAGCGUCAAGCCUUACACAGUCUUCAACGCCCGCAAUUGAUACCAAUCAAGCUAACCAAGCCAAUAUCGGCAGCAUCAGCACCAGCACAAGCAGCACCAGCAGCACCGGCAUCAGCAACACCAGCACCAGCGCUAGUGCCAGCGGCGCGGACAGCAAACCCUCCUCCAUCUGGAUCGGCUCCGUUACGGCUAGCGGCGACGGUACCGACCCUGGUCCGACGAACCGGGCCACCGACGCGGCAUCAGCAUGCCCCUCGACGGUGGUAGCGAUGGUCUUCCAGUUGGCCGCCGCCGUCCCCGCCGCAAACUCACCUCCAAACGCAAGGACCCCAGAGGUGGCGUGGCACCCCAGGCGAGACCACGCCUGGACGCGAGCACGAACACGAACACUAACACUUCCGGCAGAGAAAAGCCGGGGAGGACGCCAGCCGAGAGCACGCUCAGGGAUGAGUUCGAAAGACUUACUGCGCGAGGUUGAGUUGGACUGGACUGGACUGGGCUGGACUGGAACUGAUAAGCAAGGGAGAGUGGAGCCAUGGGUAGCGGUUGGGGGUGGGGGUGGUAGAGUCUCAAUCCCAAUCCCAAUCCCAAUCCCCAGAUUUCCUACGCCAACCAAGCUGACGCACGCAUGCAUCCGUGACACCAACAAGAAGAAGAAGAAGAAGAAGAAGAAGAAGAAGAAGAAGAAGAAGAAGAAGAAGAAGAAGAAGAAGAAGAAGAAGAAGAAGAAGAAUGCCACUAUAGCAAUCUAG